AUGUCUAAUAAUCAUUCUAAAAAUAAUUCAUUGUUUCAAAAUGAAUUGUUGGACGGAUUUUUAUUGGUUAGACCUGUUUGGGUUGAUGAUGUAACUGUGAAAAAUUGUAAAGGUUGCGGUAUUGUAUUUACUGCUCUCAGAAGAAAGGAUUGUACAUCAAGGAAAAUUUCAUUGCCCCAAUUUGGUUAUGUAACACCUGAAAGGAUUUGCAAUGAAUGUUUUGAGAUCGCUUACCUUGUUGGAUAUGUAAUUUCUGAUGAAAAAUCUACUAAAACGCAUGGUGCUAGGGGAUUACUUGAUAUUGUUGAACGUGGAAAUGAAUAUGAGUUGUCUAAUUUGAUUACUUAUGGUGGAUUAGACGCGUUGGUUUAUUUAUGUAGACCAUUACAUACUAAUGAUAUACAUCAAUUAGGAACAACGGCAUUAGCUAAUCUAUCAGGAUACGAAUCAUUUAAAUCUUACGUUAUUAUGAAAGGGGGACUUCCUUAUUUAUAUAAUUUAAUAUCAUUUUAUUGUAGAAAAAUAAGUUCUGAUACUUCAUCAUUAGAUUCAAAUGCGGCAAAAUUUUUGGAUUCUGCUUCUACUAUCAUACUAAAUAUUGGAAAUAUCCUUCAUUUAUUAUCCGCUACAGAUGUAGGAGCAUUAGAAUCAAUAAUGAAAUUAGCAAAUUUUCAAUUAGAAACGCUAACAGAAGAUGAAGCAUUAGAUGAAGAUAUACUUUUAUCUUAUGAAGAAAUGCGUUUGCGCGUUGAAAUAGCGAGGGGUUUGGUUGCAAAAACCAUCUCAUGUAUAGCAGUUAAUCCAUCACACCAACUUUUAAUUUUUGAAAAUCCUAAAAUUGGAUUGGAUGGAUUGAUGGAUUUAUUACAUUCUAGUUCUUUUGAAGUUCGUAAAUAUGCUGCCAAAUCUAUUGCGUAUUUAUCAUUAAGGAAUGACAAGUAUAAGUCUACUUUGAUUAAAGAUGGUAGAGCCGAAACAUUAACUUCUGUUAUUGAACUUGUUGAUGAAAAUUCAGCAAAAGCUAAUCAAGCUACAAUAUCUCAUGCGUGUUGUGCUAUGGCUAAUUUGGCGACAAACGUCGAAUCACAACAACUUUUGAUUAGUCAACCAUCUUUAUUAUCAAAUUUAUGCCAAGUGGUUGGUUGUUUCAUCACAGAUAAAGAAAUUCAGAGAUUCUUUACUAAUAUAAUUUACUUUUGGUUUCCAAAAGAUGAGAAUAAGGCGCGUAUGCUAUCAUACCCAAUGUCUAUGACAGAUGGAGAAGGAGAGGAAAUAGUACAAGAUGUUCAUAGUCAGCAGUCAGAAGAAGAAUCCUUUGGUAGUAUUGUACCUACACUUAUUGCUAUCGGAGAUUCGCCUGUUGCUGAUGUAGAGAUCCAAAGACAUAUUGUGAGGGCAUUAGAUAAUUUAUCAACCGAAGUUCCCUCGAUGUCGCAUUCAAAAUUAUUACCAUGUUUGCCUUUAAUUAAUCGCAUCUUAGAUACGAUUAAGGAUGUAGAUAUACGUAAACGUGCAUCACAUGUAUUAAAUAAACUUUCACCACCAUUGCCUUCUAUACCAGUUACUUCCCCGUUCCUUUUAAAUAAGCAACAUUAUUUCCAAGGAUAUGAUGAUGACAUCUCCCAAUUUUAUGGUCAACCCCAAAAUACAAGCGAUUUAUCUUUAAAUGAACAAGAUAAUUCGGCAAAUACCGCGGGGGAGAUCGAGUUAUUAAUUAAUAACGCAAGCACAUCGGACAUGAAUAAAACUGUGAAUUUGAGGACAAUGGAAAUGGUUAAUGUGAAUGCGAUCGCAUCUCCUUUGAAACCUAUAGAAAAUCUUAUUUUGCUUGAUGAAAAUGAGGCAACUUAUGAGUCAACUACGACAUCGUACAUUGAAGAAAAUCAACUUUAUUAUUAA